GGAACUGGGAGGCCAGUGCGGGCAGGAUCCGGGCACCAGGGUCCCGGCCCGCUCCCGCCGCGUCCAGGCAGAAACGGCACCCGGCAGAGUGGGCACCCGUAGGUCUGGGUUCUCACUCCCCAAGGAGGUACCAACAGGGAGGCUAGACCGCAGGGGGCUAGAAACAAUGGCACGUGCUCUUGAAGAGGCCAGAGGCCCGGGCUUCUGGGUCCCCUAGGGAGGAAGGGUGCACAGAGCUGGAGGCUCAGAUUUCUGGGUUUUGGGGAGGACUCCCCAUCUGGGAGUCUGAACGCUGAAGCUAGAAAGCUGAAGGAGGGAAGCUGGAGGGCCCGCUCCGUUCCGAGACCGAAACUGCAGUUAGUUUGCGGGUGAAGUCCCUGGACGGCGGAGGUCACCCUCUUGACCUGCCAGUGUCCUGCUGGCGUUCGAUCGUGGACUUUGGCUCUGCCGGGGCGCGGACAGUCCCGCCUCCACCGCUCAGCCUUCUUCCCCAAACUCUCACGCGGCCCCAGGACCGAGAGAGCCUGAGAGAGCCUGGACGGACCCCGGCAUGUGGGGAUACUUGUCUCUGCUGCCCAUGUGCCUGGCCUUCUGGGCUAUUGCUGGCAUCUGGACCGUGUUCUCGCUGGCUGUGGUUAACAAGGCGGUGAACCUCACCGACGGCUUCCCCUACAUCAGUGUGUGUGGAAACGUGCCCCCCCAGAGCUGCAUCUUCAGCCAGGUGCUCAACGUUGGAGCCGCUUCGGCCGCCUGGAUCUGCAUUCUCCGUUACUACCAGCUUCGGGACUGGGGCGUCCGAAAGUGGCAUAACCAGGUGAUCCUGUGGACGGGGCUCCUCUGUGCCUUGGGCACCUCCAUAGUGGGCAAUUUUCAGGAGAAGAAUCAGCGGCCCACACACCUGACAGGCGCCUUCCUGGCCUUCUUCGUGGGAAUCUUAUACUUCUGGCUGCAGCUCUUCCUCUCCUGGCGGAUGAAGAACCUGCCCCAGCCUGGGGCUCCCUGGAUCGGGCCACUCCGCCUGGUGCUCUGCAGUGCCUGCUUCGUCCUCGAGGUGGCCAUGGUCGUCCUGCACUCCUGGUCUAUGCGCUCCAUCUCGGCCAUCUGCGAGUGGGUCGUCGCCAUGCUGCUGUUCAUCCUCUUCGGCCUCCUUGCCGUGGACUUCUCCCGCCUGGAUGGCUGCACCCUGUGUCUCCAGCCGGACUCUGGCAGCCUCCGCCCCCCGCCGGACUCCCCCACCUCCCUGCACGUCCAGCUGUGAACAGCUGUCCAGCCAGCAGCGUCCUCACACCUCCUGUCCCUGCCAUCUGGUUCCGCCCCUGCAGUUGGGGCCACCCAGGAAGCGAGAGGCCAAGGCCAGCCAGCCAUCCCUGAUCAAGGAUAUUUAUUAUUAUUAUUAUUGUUAAUUUUUUGUUGUUGCUACCGCCGGCGGAAUCAGAGACACGGACGCAGGCAGGAUCACGCGAAAUCAGAAUUCCUUCCGGAGAGCAAAUCGGUACAGAAGGUCGUGGGGGCAGAAGGAGAGGACUGGGGGGUGGGGGGCCCAGGAAGGGGGAGUUGGGCACACGAGGACAGACGGCCCCGUCUGUCCGGAUCUGCUAAGCCACCCCAACCAGCCCCCAUCCCUCCCCCACCCCACCCCGCAGAGAGAUUGAUCAAUAAAUAAAAUAAUAAAUUAAUCAAUAAA